AUGACGGUAGCCGAGCAGCAGCCCUUGCUGCAAGCACACCCAGCAGACCUCGAGGAUGGCGUCAAGCAUACCGAAGUCAUCCUGGACUUUGAUCCGAAUGGGGACAGCGAGAAUCCCAAGGAGUGGCCUGUGGUGUUUAAAUGGGGAAUUGUCCUGCUACUCGCUUGCAUGGCUUUCACCGUGACAUUCACUUGCAUCUCAGUAGUCCCAGUGGCCAAUACGAUCGUGGAAGACCUUAAUAACGGCCACUCCAGUUCCUCAGCGAGUGCGCUUCUCGUGACGAUAUGGGAGCUAGGCGAAGCGGCGGGACCCCUCCUGAUCGCCCCCCUCUCUGAGAUCUUUGGUCGCUACCCCGUAGUGAACGGAUGCAACAUCUUGUUCAUAUUGGCGACCGUCCUCGCCGCCCUCAGUCAGAGCACCACGCUCUUCAUCGCUGCGAGGGUGCUCACGGGUCUUUCAGUGGCCUCGAACGUUCUGAACCCCGCAAUCAUCGGUGAUAUGUUCGAGUGUGAGCACCGGGGUUCAGCAAUGAGUCUCAUUAUGCUUGCACCGCUCAUCGGCGGUGCGGUUGGUCCUGCCAUUAGUGGCGCCAUUGCUCAGACUCUGGGGUGGAGACAAGUGCUCUUCAUCGCUGCCGGUCUGGCCGUCCUGUGCGAGGUUUUGUUCCUCAUAUGCUUCAGGGAAACGUACAAGAUGACUCUCCUAAGACGAAAAGUUGCCCGGCUGCAGCGGAAUAACGGCGGAAACCACUACCAUGCGGGAAGCAAUCACGACUCUAGCGUGAAGCUAUGGCAUUCAAUUACCCGGCCAUUCUCCGUUCUGUUCAGUUCCGGGGUUCUCCUCGCCUUGUCUCUGUUCGGUUCUGUGGCUUUUAGUUUCUUCUACGUCUUGUCCACUACGCUGCCGGGCAUUCUCCAGGACGUCUACGGCUUCACUCCGGCAUUAACUGGCUUAGCUUUCGUCGAUUUCAGCGUCGGUUCCUUCCUGGCCGUAUUCCUUUGCAACUUCAGCCUCGACAGGAUCUACGUUAAACUUCGGGACGCUGACAAGGCUGUUGGACUACCAGAGUAUCGACUUCCCAUGUCCAUCAUCGGCGCUUUCACCCUCCCUCUGUCGGUUACGGCCUAUGGCUGGAUAGCGCAGUUGCAACUGCCCAUCUCCUUGCUCCUCCUUUCCGUGGCAUUGCUCGGCUUCACCCUCCUGCUCUCUUUCAUACCUCUAUCCGCGUAUGUUGUGGACGCCUUUGGGCUUUACUCUGCUUCUGCCAUGACCGGAGUCAUUGUGAUUAGGUGUCUCAUGGGAACCUUCUUACCCCUGGCCACCGGUCCUUUGGCCGAGCAUCUUGGAUAUGGUUGGGGCUUCACUUGCCUUGGAGCACUCAGUCUGUUCCUUGCGCCGAUACCUAUCUUUGUUUUCAGAUACGGAGAGAAGUGGCGGCAACAGUCUGAGUUUACGAGAGAUUUGUAG